CACUUUCACUUUAGUGGAGCCCUCUGAAGAAAGAGCGCGGUCGUACCUCUGUGUUACUCCUGCUUUUGACAAACAACAAAAGAAGAACUGAUCAGACAUGGACAAGAUCCUUGUUAUGUGUCUAGCUGCUCUGGUAGCUCUCGCCUGUGCAGAGGAGUCCAAACACAGUCCGCCCAAGGUUCAGGUGUACAGCUAUCAGCCAGGACAGUAUGGCAAAGACAACACCCUGAUCUGCCAUGUGAGCAACUUCCACCCCCCUGACAUCACCAUCCAGCUCAUGAAGAACGGAGAGGAACUCCCCAAUGCCGAGCAGACAGACCUGGCCUUCGAGAACGAUUGGCACUUCCAUCUGACCAAGAAUGUUGCCUUCAAACCCAUGGGCGGAGACAAGUACAGCUGCAAGGUCACUCAUGGGAAGACAGUGAAAGACUUUGCCUGGGAGCCAAACAUGUAACAUGUUAGCAGAGGCCCUGAUUGGUGGAUUGACAUGACAAAUGCUUCGGCCCUGUUUGCAGCAGCUUUUCUUCUUCACCAUCUCCAAUCAACAUGAUCAGUUUCUCCAGUGCUUCUCAAAUUUAUUUUCACAAAAUAUACCGACAAACACAUAACAUAUCAAUUCUAUUUAGGUGAAUUUUCUCUUACCUUAUGUGAGAGAAUGCACGGGCUGCAGGGCAUUUAGUCAUUUGUAAUUUUGCACUGUGUUGCUUAGAAAACUUGCAACUAAUUUUCCAUAUUUUGAUACUGAAAUGUGUGUUUAUGUAUUAAAUUGAAGUUUGUUCAGCUUAAAACGUGUUUCUAUACGCAAACUGUUAAGCUUUUUUGACUCUGUCCUUUACCUAAAUGAGGCGAUGUAAUUGGUCAGAUUAAUUACUGGUAUGAUGAGCAGGUGUUCUUUCUCGACCAGGUAGAAAUGUGUUCUACAAUUUUGAUUUGUUAUUUAAUGUAUUUGUAAAUGCCCUGACAAAAUAAAAGCCUCUUAAAAAGCC